AUGGUUUUGAAGGUUAGGAGUUCGGUGGUCCAUCGGAUAAGAAGAAUGAGGGAGUUCCAGCUCAGAAAGAGGAUAGUAGCUGGGAAAGUUCAGGCUCUGGACUUGGAUGGAGGUGGUGAGGACGACGGAGACAAAAAACAACCAGAAAUAAGAAACCAGACCAUGAGUACAAACAGGUUCUUCUUGUGUGCUGUCCUUCUUCUUUCACUGGCAGCCAUUUUCCUUGGAAGCUUCCAGCCUUCAAAAGUGAAAUUCCCUGUGGUGAAAUGGAAGAGCCCCUAUGCCAGUAAUAAAUCCUGUCAUGCCAGGACGAACAUCAUGUUCCUCAAAACCCACAAAACCGCCAGUAGCACCAUCAUGAACCUCUUGUACCGGUUCACAGAGAAGCAGAACCUCACCAUUGCUCUUCCCGCGGGCCGGAGUUUCCACCUGGGAUACCCCUGGCUUUUUCUGACCACUUAUGUGGAAGGCUUCGACACAGAGAAACGCAACUACAACAUCAUGUGCAACCACUUGAGGUUUAACUGGCCAGAGGUGCAGAAAGUGAUGCCGCGCCAUACAAUCUACUUUUCCAUCAUAAGAAACCCAGUAUCCCACCUGGAGUCCGCCUUCGUCUAUUAUAAAAACGUGGUGCCGGCUUUCAAGAACCUGAAGACGCUCAACGAUUUUUUGGCGUCUCCACUGAGUUAUUACAAUGAAAGUCUAGCCAUAAAAAAUGCAUAUGCCAAGAACAAUAUGUGGUUCGAUUUUGGCUACGAUAACAACGCCAAAGACACCGAGGGCUACGUCCGCGGCAGCAUAAAGGAGAUUGAAGAGCGGUUCCAGCUGAUCCUCAUUGCGGAUUAUUUUGACGAGUCGAUGGUCCUCCUGAAGAACACGCUCUGCUGGGACCUGGACGACGUGGUCUACUUCAAGCUGAACUCCAGAAGUCGGGACACCAUCCAGACCCUGAGUCGGGAGAGUCGGGAGAAGGUGAAAGCCUGGUGCUCCCUGGACUGGCAGCUCUACCUCCACUUCAACGAGACGUUCUGGAGGAAGAUCGAGGCCACCAUCGGGAGGAAGGAUUUGGUCAGGGAGGUGGAGCUCCUGAGACAGAGGCAGAAAGAGCUCAUGGCGGUCUGUGUUCACAACGAGAAGCCAACAGAUAAAACCGAAAUCAAAGACUUAAAGCUCAAACCUUUCCAGUCGGGGGAAGCCAACAUCCUGGGCUAUAACCUCAAACAAGAUUUAGACAAUGAGACCUUGGCCGCCUGCCAGAAAAUGGUCAUGCCUGAACUCCAGUACAUGGCACAUCUGUAUACGCAGCAAUUCCCGGAAAAACGACCGAAGAACCUAGAGUUUCUUGGUUAG